AUGAAUAUUUUCGACUUUCCGCAGAGACACCUGCUGACAUGUCUCGGUCUGUGGCCUUACCAGAGCAAGUUCACGCAGAGGAUCUUUUUCACCUGCGCUAUCCUAUCCUUCUUCUCGCUUUUCGUUGCGAUGGCUGCGGGAUUGGGCGAAGAGUGGAGCACUGAGUUGGUCAUCAUCUACGAGACGAUAGUGGCUCUCUUCGUGAUUUUCGGUGGCCUAGCCAAGUGCAUCGUCUUGUUUUGCAGGAAGCACCAGAUGAAGAGCUUGUACGAUCAGAUUCGGAAAGAUUGGCAAGAGUUGACUAACGAAAAGGAGGCCGCUAUUUUGCAAUCUUUCAUGCUGAAGGGAAAGGCUCAGAUAAUCCUAUACGUAGUGUGCGCGAUUCCCGGCUACUUCAUCUUCGUGGCUCUCACUUACGUCCCCAUAAUAUCCAGCGAAGACGCCUCGAAAGACUACUCGCACACUUUUCCCUACUAUACGGAUCUGCUGAUACUGAGCAAACGAUUUCGGGUGUAUCAGGUAUUUAUACACGCUGGCCUUGGCAUCUUCUGCGGGGGCAUCACCUACGUUGCCUUCAUGGCCAUGUACAUCACUUGUGUCAGGCACGUCUGUGCCCUCUACGCGAUCGUCAGGUACAGAUUGGAAAACAUGGUGAAGAGCCAGGACAAGUUGAUGGACAAACUCAACGAUGACGAGGAAGUGAUUCCUGGUUUACUCGAGAUCAUCUGCACACACAAGCGGGCUAUCAAGCGUGUGCGGCUGAUCAAUCGAAUCUUCAGCCGAACAUUCUUCAUGGUGGAAAUCUGUCUUCUGAUAUGUCUGGCUUUGCUCAUAUUUGACGUUAAGUACAAUCAGCACAACGUCAGAUUAGUGAUCCGGAUGCUGAUGAUCGCUCUGAUGUUCAUCGUCCACGUGUUCUGCAUGAAUUACUGCGGAGAACAAGUAAUACAAUUUUCGACCGAUGUUCAAUAUGCCGCGUAUUUCAUGGAGUGGUACAUGAUAUCGUCCAGAGCCCAGAAAAUUCUCAUCAUGAUCCUCUGCAGAAGUUCAAACCCUGAUUACUUGACCGCAGGGAAUAUGGCCCUGUCGCUGAAAAAUUUUGCAUCGAUCGUAAGAACGUCCUGGUCAAUGGCUACUGUGCUCUUGACAACGCAGAAGGUCAACCGUCCUAGUUAUUCAAUAAGUUGA